GGUGAUGAGGCUGCGCCAGUGACAGCGAUGGCGGCGGAGUCGGCCCUCCAAGUUGUGGAGAAGCUGCAGGCGCGCCUGGCCGCGAACCCGGACCCGAAGAAGCUCUUGAAAUAUCUGAAGAAACUCUCCACCUUGCCUAUUACACUAGACAUCCUUGCGGAGACCGGGGUUGGGAAAACGGUAAAUAGCUUGCGAAAACAUGAACAUGUCGGAAGCUUUGCCAAGGACCUCGUGGCCCAGUGGAAGAAGUUGGCUCGUGUGCAACGAAAUACUGAGCCUGAUGAACAGGACUUUGAGAAGAGCAAUUCUCAAAAGCGCCCCAGGGAUGCCCUUAAGGAGGAGAAGGAGGUAGAGGGGGACUACCCAGAAAGCUGGAAAGCCUCCGGUAGCCAGUCGUGUAGUCCUGAUAACAGACAGAAAAAACACAGGAAACUCUCAGAGCUUGAGCGGCCUCACAAAGUAUCUCACAGUCAUGAGAGGAGAGACGAGAGAAAGAGGCACCACAGAGUUUCUCCAGUUUACUCUUCAGACCACGAAUCUUCCGCUUACGGCCAUGUUCAGUCCCCACUGUCAUCCGCCAGCCCUCAUCAGAUGUCUGUGGACCAUUACAGAUCCCUGGAGGGGGACCACGAGCCCUUUGCUUCACACCAGAAGGCUGGCAAAGGCCACAGUAAUGCCUUUCAGAACAGACUGGGGGUCAGUCAAGAACGACACCUGGGUGAAGCCCAAGGAAAAGAGGUCGUGAGUCAGAGCAAGGAGCACAGAUCUUCCCAUAAAGAAAAACGUCCGGUGAAUUCUAAAGGAGAUGAGAAGUCUUCUUUGAGCAGAGAAAAAUCACACAAGGCCAUCUCCAAAGAGGAAAACCGGCGGAGGCCACCCUCAGGGCACAGUGCAAAGGAGAAACCGCCCUCUAGUGCUGUCAAGAAAGAGAAGGAAAAAGAGGGCAGCACCAAGAGGGUUUUAGCCCCCUUGGAGGUGGCAUCAGACAACCACCUUAAAAAACCAAAAUAUAGUGACCCAGAGAAAACCAAAUCGGACAAAAACAAGCAGAGUCUAGAAAGCUUAGACAUAGGCAAGGGGGCAGGAGACCUGUUGCCCAAGGCAAAAGAGAAGGUUUCUAACAACCUAAAGACUCAAGAAGGAAAAGUAACACCUUCUCAUUCAGAUAGAAAGUCAGUGGGCUCCUUCCUUAGAGCUGAGGAGGCGGAUAUGGAUGAUGGAUUCGAGCAGCACACCAUGUCUUUUGAGUCAUACCUCAACUAUGACCAGCCCCGGAAGAAAAAGAAAAAGAUGGUGAAAACUUCAACCACGACUCCCGGAGAAAAAGGAUUUAAAAAAAAUGAUUCAAAAAGCACUAGUAAAAACUUGGACUCAGCUCAGAAAUUACCUAAGGUGAACGAAAACAAGUCAGAGAAGCUUCCGCCAGCUGGAUCCCAUUCAGCCCAGCUGAAAAAGGUCCCCAGCGAUGUGCUGCCAGUGUCACCAGACCUUCCAUCACCUGUGAUACAGGCCAAUUACCGUCCACUUCCUUCCCUUGAAUUGAUGUCUGCCUUCCAAGCAAAGCGAAAAGCACUCUCCUCACCCCAGGAAGAGGAAGACGCUGGAUUCACCGGACGAAGAAUGAAUUCCAAGAUGCAGGUCUAUUCUGGUUCCAAGCGUGCCUAUCUCCCCAAAAUGAUGACCUUGCACGAGAAGUGCAUCCGGGUGCUUAAAAACAACAUUGACUCAAUCUUUGAAGUGGGAGGCCUCCCAUAUUCUGUUCUUGAACCCGUUUUGGAGAGGUGUACACCUGAUCAGUUAUAUCGCGUAGAGGAAUACAAUCACGUGUUAACUGAAGAAACGGAUCAGUUAUGGAAAGUUCAUUGUCACCGAGACUUUAAGGGUGAAAGGCCAGCAGAGUAUGAGUCGUGGCGGGAGAUGUACCUGCGCCUUCAUGAUGCCCGAGAGCAGCGGCUGCGAGUCCUCGUAAAGAAUAUCCAAUCUGCGCACGCCAAUAAGCCCAAAGGCCGACAAGCAAAAAUGGCCUUUGUCAACUCCGCGGCCAAGCCACCUCGUGAUGUUCGAGGGAGGCAGGAGAUUGGAACAGCAGGAGCAGCGGUGCCUGAGCAAAUCGGCAUCAAGCCAGCGCCGUACCUCUCAGGAAGCAGCCGCUUGGGCGGCGGCGGCAGCAACAGCUUUAGCGGCAGCCCCGAGGAGCCGGCCUGCGACGGCCCGAGCACCAGCAGCGCCCACUCGGCACCCGGGGUCAGCAGCACCUUUUCCUGUGAUCCUAGGAAACCCACUGUGAAGCAGAUUGCCCCAGUGCUGGCCAGGACGAUUAACGCUUUCAAGAACAGAUUCUCCCGACCAUAA